AAACAUCACCCCCAGAAAGGAGCAGUUCUCCAAGCCACCUGGCCCCGCACAGCCAUUGACGCGCCCCCUGAGAACAGCAUCUGAGGAUCCUCGCAGUAAGGGAGGUAAAAGAACGAAAUUCCCGGCUUCAAUAUUGCUGCAAAAGUAAUAGCAGAGACCCCCCCCUUCCACGCGCAUUUAGCCAACCAGACACGUCGGCGAGCAGUCGCGACACAACAAACCCACGCCUUUGCCUCUCGCUUCUCCACACCCUCUCUGUCCCUUACUCAAAUUCUUCCACGUUACGGAUCUGCCCUCUCCACAACGCUUCCUCUUGCAUCUGCCACCUCCUGCGCGAUCAUCAAGACACACCGAAUAAACAAUUGUCGAUCAUCAUGGCGCUUCAGGCUGCAUACAAGCAGUUUUUGGAUGCUCCAAACGCCUCGCUCCUGGCUGACAACGCGUCGCUCCACUACAUUACAACUCUCGUCACCUUCAAUGGCUCUUCCGAAGUCCUCAAGCAUCUUGCCAGCCAAGGCCAUCAGCUCGAGAAGAAGGAGGAGAAGUUUCUGGAUGUGAUUGAUGGCGGCAACGCUCUGGCAGUAGAGGUUUACACCACCCUCGAAUUUCUCACUGGAGGCGGCGCAUAUCUUCCCAGCUUGGACGACAACUUCCUCACCGAUCGCGUUGUUACUUUCCCAAUUAUCCACAUCGUUACCUUCGAUUCGAGCGGAAAGAUUCAACAAAUCCGACAAAAUUGGGAUCAAGGCUCUCUCCUCAAAUUGAUCGAUGUCAUUGGCAAGACCGGACGCAACUGGCCAAUUCGCGAUGGCGUCGACCAAAUAAAGUUGAUUACAUCAAGUGUCAAGGCUGCUGGAAAGACACCGGUCGAUACUGCGGCACGCCCAGCUGAGCAGGAGGAUUCUCGAUCCCGGAGCAGCUCUACAAAUGUCACUCGCGAUCCCCAUGCUUCUUUGUCGCUGUUUGCGCCUCGCGACAGGAGCAUCAAUGAUUCCUUGCCAGCUGUCGUUGCUCCUCGCGCAUCGGCCAAGCCGCCUCCACGCGAUUACCAUGAUCUCUUCGUUGGCAACGACUCAGAUAACUCUCCAGCUUCCCCAACCAAGACUCCAGUUGCCAUCCGCUCGGAAUCCCCAUCCAAGGGGAGCGUUAUUGCUCCCAAGGGUGGCGCUGGCAAGAACUAUGCACCGUCCCGGCUGUUCGACACGGAGGAAGCCGAGGUUGAAUCGCCAUUGAAGAACCACUCUGCAGACCACUUCUAUCGACCCAACCCAACGAAAUACCAACACUUCGACUUUGGUGAUGGCAAUGAGGAGCCAGAAGUCAAGCAAACUCCUCUGAAGGAGGUCAAGUCCAGCAAGCAUGGCAGCCAAUGGAACUUUGAUGACUUCAACACACCCGCAAAGGUUGUUCCUAGCAAAGUGCUCCGCACCAACGACGUCCGCCAUUGGGGAAACAGUGAUGAUGAGGUUGAUGACAGCCCUAUCAAGGCCAAGAACGUUCAUCAACCACGUAAGGACGCCGAGGCUCAUUUCGAGUUCCGUGAUGAUGGCACUCCAGAGGGCGAACGUCGCAUCGUUGGUCGUCCUCGCGGUACGGGUCAAAAUACCGGUCUGGGUCUCUACAAGAACAACCUCUAUGACGAAGCAACUGGUGGACCUGGUGGCGAAACACCCAAGCGUCUUGACACCAUCGCCAAUGUCAAAGACCGUUCCAAGGAUUUCGACGCCCACUUCAACAUCACCGACGAUUCCCCCGCUCACAAGUCAGCUGCUCCUGCCCAAGUCUCUGAGGAUCGUGCCAAGGUUGUCAAGAUGAUGGAGGCAAACUGGUCCGCCUACGAUAAAUCCCCCAACCAAAAGGAGAACGUCCCUGCCUCCCCCACCACUUCUAAACCUACGACCGGAGCAGGCAAAGGCCCCUUGGCUGAAGCUACAAACACCAUGAGCAACCGAAACGACAACCCCAAGGGCAUCACCAUAGGCGGCGACGGUAUGGGCGGCAAGAAGGGUAGCGGCAGACAAUGGGGCUUCGGUGAUGAUAGCGACGGCGAGGAAGCCAACGCGAAUAAGCCAAAAUUCGUGUCUGGCCGCCAACAAGGCAAGAAUCAGGCUACUGGAGGUGAUUUCUGGGAUUUCUAAAUCUUGGGAGGCUCAAACCCCAACCCCUCGUAUUGUCUAUCGCGUUUGGAUGAGGAGUGUCUUACGGCUGGAUAAUGCCUAAUGAGUAUGAGGUUAUGAACAGCAAGCAUUCGUUUAUCAGAUUGCUUUCCUUACUUUUUUUUUUCACGUCUCGUUUCGUGUAUGGUAUGGAUGGAUAGCUAUCAGUCUAUGAACGCGACGCGCGAUGUCUUUCUUUGCGAUUACUUAUCUCCUUGUCUUUGUUGGAUGAUAUUCGUUGGUGGGGAGUUGUUGAUAGAGAGGGGCAGAAGAGAAAAUUGGGGUAGAUAUGGGUCGGUGGAUUCGUCUUUGGUGUUGGUGUUGGUGCAGGAGAGAGGAAGAAGGUGUGGAUGUUAGAUUACAAAUAUGGAUAUGUUAUGAUAGCAAACAACUACCCAAAAUGAAAAACAAACCCUUCUCUCAGACACUGGAGACUCCAG